GUAUGGCCUCAGGAAAGACCCCAACUCCAGACCUGCUGAAGGCUGAGGAGCAGCAGACUGUGAGCGCUGUCAAUCGAGUCACCAGCCUGCCCUUGCUCAAUUCUGCCUUCAACCUGGUCUCCUCUGCCUACAACCAGACCAAGGAGUCCCACCCCUGCCUCAGCGGUGUCUGCAGUGUGGCCGAGACCGUGGCUGCCGUGGCUGUGGGCAGUGUGGUCGGAGGGGCACAGCCCAUCCUGAGCCAGCUCGAGCCGCAGAUUGCUCUUGUGAAUGAAUAUGCCUGUAAAGGUCUGGAUCAGCUGGAGGAGAACUUGCCCUUCCUGCAGCAGCCAGCAGACAAGGUGAUCUCAGAUACCAAGCAGCUGGUGGCCACCAAAGUGACAUCUGCUAUGGACGCUGCCUGCGAGGCCAAGGAAGCAGUGGCUGACAAAGUCACUGAAGCUGUGGACCUCACUAAAAACGUUGUUGGGGACAGUUUCAAGCUGACCAGGUCUGUGGUCACCUCCACUGUCAGCAGUGCUGUGGAGGCUGCCCAGGGAGCCAAGGAGCUGGUGACCAGCAAGGUGACAGAAGCUGUGGAUGUCACCAAGCACAUGGUGGGGGACAGUGUUGACAGGACCAAGUCUGCAGUCGCCUCUACGAUUGUCAAUGCAGUGGAGGCUGCCCAGGGAGCCAAGGAGCUGGUGACCAGCAAGGUGACAGAGGCUGUGGACCUCAGUAAGCACCUUGUGGAGGACAGUGUUGACAGAACCAAGUCUGCUGUGACUUCCACCAUCACUGCAGCUGUAGGGGCUGCCCAGGGUGCCAAGGAGCUGGUGACCAACAAGGUGACAGAUGCUGUGGACAACGUCACCAAAGCCGUGGAUGUCACCAAGCACAUGGUGGAGGACAGUGUUGACCUGACCAAGUCUGCAGUUGCUUCCACGAUUGUCAGUGCUGUGGAGGCUGCUCAAGGGGCCAAGGAGCUGGUGACAGACAAGGUGACCAAGGCAGUGGACCUCAGUAAACACAUCAUAGAAGACAGUGUUGACCUGACCAAGUCUGCAGUUGCCUCUACAAUUGUCAAUGCAGUGGAGGCUGCCCAGGGGGCCAAGGAGCUGGUGACCAACAAGGUGACCGAAGCUGUGGAUGUCACCAAGCACACGGUGGAGGACAGCAUUGACAGGACCAAGUCUGCUGUUGCUUCCACCAUCACUGCAGCUGUGGGGGCUGCCCAGGGGGCCAAGGACCUGGUGGCCAACAAGGUGACCGAAGCAGUGGACCUGACCAAAGGGGCUGUUCAAGACAGCGUUGAGAAGACCAAAUCUGUGGUCACCUCUACGGUCAGUACAGCUCUGGAUGCUGCCUACGGCACCAUCACCAGCAAGAUCAACACAGCCCUGGAGCAGGGCAGGGAGGUUCUCCAGGAGGGUGUGGAGAUGACCAACUCAGUGGUGACCAACAGCAUAAGCAAAGCCAAGGCAGUGAGCCAGGCAGUGGCUGGAGGUGUGGAAUCUGUCCUGGGAAUGUCAGAAGGUCUGGUGGAUCAUUACCUCCCAAUGACCGAGGAGGAGCUAGGUAAGAAAAUAUGUACCUGGCGCUUGUAG